UCUUGGGACGAUUUCCUGGACAGAGGUCCUUGUGGCUGCUGCCUUAAGACGUACAGCCCAGGCCACAGCUGCCAUUUCUUUCUGACCCAGGCCCAGUAGCAGCAGCAGCAGCAGCAGCCCCUUACUUGCACACAGCAUGGAGUUCCAGGGGCCCUACCUGCUCCUCUGCCUCUUCUCCCUCCUGAUCCAGGUCACUGCUGAGUCACCAACCCCCAAGGUUAAGAAGGCUGCAAAUGUCAAGAAAGAUGGCAUGGGCCCAAAGAUGCUGGAGGAGCUCAAGAGUCGACUGGAUAGUCUGGCCCAGGAGGUGGCCCUGCUGAAGGAGCAGCAGGCCUUGCAGACAGUCUGCCUGAAGGGCACCAAGGUGCACAUGAAGUGCUUUCUGGCCUUCACCCAGGCGAAGACCUUCCACGAGGCGAGCGAGGACUGCAUCUCGCGCGGGGGCACCCUGGCCACCCCGCAGACGGGAGUGGAGAACGACGCCCUGUACGAAUACGGGCACCAGAGCGUGGGCAGCGAGGCCGAGAUCUGGCUAGGCCUCAACGACAUGGCGGCCGAGGGCUCUUGGGUGGACAUGACCGGCGGCCACAUCACUUACAAGAACUGGGAGACAGAGAUCACCGCGCAGCCCGACGGCGGCAAGACCGAGAACUGCGCCGCCCUGGCAGGCGCAGCCAACGGCAAGUGGUUCGACAAGCGCUGCCGGGAUGAGCUGCCCUACAUCUGCCAGUUCGCCAUCGUGUAGCUUCUGGGGGCCUAGGGGCGGGGU